UUGGUAAGAGAAAUCGGCGCUCUUUCACAAGUAAUACUGGUCUACUGGUCGCCAUUGCAUUCUUGGAGAGUUUUCCCACCUUGCUCAGUGUACCCAGUGAAUACCCAACACGAGAACGCGUCUUGCUCUUGGUAGGCUUCGCUCCUGUAUCGCAAAUUCCGCCGCAGGACGCCAAAUCUGCUUGACAGGAGUUUAAAAGGGCUGUUUUCUCGCAUCUCGCCAGGCACGCGAUGCUGCUACUGGAUGAAGCGGGAAAUAUUACCCAUUUGAACGUCCUUCUUUUAGGACCGGCACAUGUGGGGAAAACAUCAUUGCGAACUGCCUUCCUGAAUGGAUCUGCCCGUGGUCCGAAUCGUGUCCGAACGCGAGGGCCCUGGCAAGGCUCAUACGACCCAACGAUAGAAUCGUCCGACACGGUCCAGUACAUCCUUCCGUCCUCUUCGACCAAUGCAGGAGUCAGUCCUAUGUCACCUGCGGACAGCUCAUCAUCCGCGAGUACUUUGAGUGAUGAUGUAUCGGAUGAGACACCUGUCAUAACGGAAGAAGAUCUGUGGCAGAAACGAACUGGGCAGCGCAUCGUACUUACCCUUAGCGACGUGGGCGGGCACCCGUUCUAUGGGACCAUAUGGGCGUCCGCCAUUGCCGCUGCCGAUGCAUUUAUGCUAGUAUAUGAUGUCGGAAGUCGACAGUCGUUUGAGGCAAUGUGGGGCUUUUACCGACUAAUUGUGGAAACGAAAUGGGCUCGACCACAUGACGUCCCCAUCAUGAUGCUGGGAAAUAUGGUCGAUAACGUUACGUCGGAUCCGACCGUACAUUUACUCGACAAGCGGCCACGUCAAGUCACUAGAGACAUGGGACAGUCCUUUGCCAAUCUCUUGCGCCUACCUUUCACUGAGACGACAGUCAUGGCGCCGCAAUCAGUAGCCCACUGUUUCAGGCAAUUGAUAUUAAUCGCGCAGGAACAAUCGCGCUCUAUGGUUACGGCCGGUCUAGCGGCCAGGGCUGAUGGAGCAGGACUGCUCUCGCCUCUGUAUCGCAAUAUCCGCCGUCCGUCCAACGCCUCUGUCGUAGGAUCCGAUGCCGGCAGUGAAAGCGGGGCAACCAGACACUCCCAAGUGUCCACCCAAUCCACUGGUGCGGCGGUCGAACGAGUUUAUGGUGCAGUAUCGAGAACUCAGGAUGGCGUCACCAUGCUGGAUCCGAAUCGCGAUUCAAUAUGCACUGAUAUGUCUACCACCUCUACAAGUGAUGCGAAUGCAAUUGCCAGUGCGCCAACGAACAGUGUGACCGACGGAAUGGCGGGUCGCCCGCGGGCCGAUAGCUCCUCUUCGUCACACGCGCCCGCUUUGAACCCUCUGCCACCGCCACGGCCCGACAGUAUCCGCUUCAGAAGAGACAUGGUCUUCCGAGCUUGGCGAGCCUUUCAACGUAGCCCAGCGUACGCGUCCGCUUUGCCGGACGAAUCUAGGCAUGUCAUUCGAUCUCUAGUCACGAGUAGCGGGAGUAGUGGGUCGCGACCAUCAUCACCGGGCCCAAUCCUCCCGGUAUCCGCCAUUCCGGCUCGCUCAGAAUCGCUUGCUCCACGCCAAGGGUCAUCGGCAUCCAGUACCUCGUCGUCGUCCUCCUGUAAGCCUCAGCAAGAUUCGGGAAUCUACAUUCCCGACAUGAGUGCACGCAAACACAGUUUGGGGUCCACUGCUCCCACGCUGUCCACCGUUGCAAGUGGUUAUUCAGACGUAUAUGCUGCUUCCCGUACAUCGAUGAUUUCAACUGCGGAUAGCCGGAUUGACGUUCGAGAGCUUGAAAGUGGGCCUUGGGACAAACAAGAACAACCACCACUGAUGACAUCAAGUCAAACCGCAGCAGCGCAGUCUCGCCAGGCUGCUAUGCGACGAUAUCGUUCCUCGGAGGACAUUUCCCGUCUGGCGCAACAACAACAGCAACAACAACAGCAAGCACAACAAGGACUUUUAAAUGGAGGCAUCUUUGCUGCACCCAUUCCAGUUCCUGCACCUGCACCCGUUUCCUUGUCAGAUGGAAUUAUCAAGACCCACUCUGAUAUCAGUUCUAGAUCAUCAACUCCUGUACCUACCCCUGCUCCAACCCCAUCUGCCGCCAGCACUCCUAAAAGGUUACAGCGAUCUCAGCAAAAUUUGCAAAUGUUGUUGGAUCAGCUGGAAAUGUACAGUUUUGAGUCAGAUCCUGCAAGUGAGGAUGACCAGGCCUCAAAUCUAAACGAAUCCUGCAAAACUGGCAGCAUGCGAUCAUUGAAUUCGGGAAUAGUGAGAUCGAAGAGCAUGAGUUGCCUAACAGAGGCCAGUGGCAAUGAUUCGAGAAACGUCUCAAGUGCGACUUUGACGGAAAUCCCAUGCAACCAGGGCGACCUGCCGGGUGCUUCGCAGUCUACUUGCGGCCCCCUUUCGCCAUCACACUAUGCUGGACCGACACCCAUCCCCAGAAGCGCGCAAGAUGAAAGCCUAGAGGUGAAGUUUUCGCAACAAGACUUGCCCAGUAAAAGUAGCGAAGAUUCUGUGCCUUUCAUAGUACCGGAUCUUCCGGCUAUGCCAACGCACGUACCACCGUCAGUACUAGCAGCCGCAAACCUUGGCAAGGGAAAUCGGGCCAACUUGGAAUUACUCCGCAGCAUUCUGGCUGAACUGGACGAGCGUGAAGUUCGGGAAAUUGUGCAAGAGUUUGGUUUAAAGACCGGAGUGCCACAAGGCGGGACUAGUGUGGGUGGAAUGGUAGGCUAGCGGCGAUUUCAGCCUGCAAAACACGGGCGGGUCGGGAAUGGCGAGGAUACCCUUGUACAGAUGUAGCAUAUUUAUAAUUUGGUUUCGCUGAGGUUUGAAUUGUGUAUGAGGAGGGGGGGUGAUCAAAAGUGUAGGAUGGUUUGUUUCAUUAGGUUGUUUAUUGAGUUUUGUGUAUAUUGUCACUCAGUAGAAAGGUUGUUGAUUAAAUGAAUGCAAUUGCUAAUUACUUGUACAAAGUCUAAAUUGUAAAAUUCACUAGAAUUAAAUG